AUCUGUAACAGAGGACGACUAGUCUACGCAUGAAAAGAUGCCGUCAUCGGAGGUGGAAUUAUACAAUGACCCAACUACGUUUAUUUUCUUUGCUGACAUUUAGUACAGGGUGGUCUACUACCACCAGACUGUCUAAUGUCCUAAAUACAUUCAUCUCUGGAUACACAGUUGGUUUGAGAUGUUUCAUCUCAGGAACCGAAGGAAGCUACUUCAACUGGUUCAAGAUGACAGUGGGACAAGCUCCAGUCUGCAUGCUAUCACUUUACAUUCACUCCAACAUUCUAUGGGGAGUUUAACAAUAGCACCUGGUUUGUAGCAAGGAAAAUGGAGCUAGUUUUGUGCUGACUAUUGAAGACCAGACCAUGAGAUAAGGGGAUGUGUUACUGUGCCACAUGAGAUUCAUGCCAAGGGUCUUUGGAAAGGGUGUUUCUUUUGCAUUCGGACUAGACAACCCGCACAGCCAACCUGCACUGUAUCUGCGAGCUGUUGGCGAGAGAGUACAUGCCAAGACCAGAACCAAUUGAAACUGAAAGUCAGCAUCCUUUCAAUUGCAAAAGCUAUCAUAACACACAUCAUGGAGCUGCCUCACACUAUGGAAACAGAGGAGCUGAUGACCUACCUCCAGAUCCAGCUCUACCACCCCCAGCAGGCCUCUAAGGCUCUUUACCGCCUGCUGCCCCUGGACGCCAGGCACAAGCACCCAGCCGAGGACCCCCUGAGGCUGGGCCGGGACGCCCACGGAUGCACCUUUGCCCUGGCCGACCCACGGGUCUCCCGCAAGCAGCUGGCCUUGCAGGCCUACCUCACCGCCAACAGCCCUGACAUGCUGUUCUCUGUGCAGAACCUGAGCCAGAAGGGACACGUGACGGUCAACGGGUCAGAGUUGGGGUACCUGGAGAGGGCAGAGCUGCCGAAUAAGGCCCUGGUCCGGUUCGGGGAGUAUGAGCUGCUGAUACGUCGUGAGAAUGGAGAGGCAAAGGGGAGCUUCGAGGUGGAGUUUGGGGUGCUGGCAGUGCCUCCUUCCAGAGAGGUGGGCGUGCCAAGUAUUGUUCCCGUCAUGGAUACAGGCUCAGACCAUUCAAACAAUGGCAUCCCACCACUCAUGAGCCAUGGGCCGAUAGAGAUGGAUGAGACAAUCAUGUACCAAUCAUGCAGUAUGUUUCUCUCAUAGACAAUAAUUUUCUCUUUACCUAGUAGCAGUUGUCUUUAAACAAUAUUGAUGUUAAACAUUGUAGAAUCUCUCGUGGACAGGAAGUGACAAACCUUAACAAUAAUUUUACUUCUGGGUAACCGAGAUUAAACAUUCUGUAAACUUAAUCAUACUGUUGACUGAAUGUAGGGCCAAGCCAUUGGGACCUCAAGUGUAGUUUUUCUUAUCACUCCGCAAGUGUUACUAAGACUGUUACGUUAUUAUAUAAAAUGUGAAACUAAAGCUUCUGAAUAUUGACCUUUUUCAUGUAGUUCAAGUAUCAGUGUUAAAUGAAAGAUGGGGAAGGAUCAUAUGGUUUUGUAACUGUUUUGUAAAUGUUGACUAUAAUAAUAAAACUGUUUUUAUUUGA